UCUCUUCAUUCCCUGUCUGCUCAGUGUCUGAGACUGAACACAGGUUUCCAUGCAGGGACAGACAGCGGACUAAUACUGGGCCCAACAGGAAAAUGGUUCCAGUUAAACUCCUCAUUCUGGGAGCUCAGAACACUGGAAAAACAGCACUGUGUGUUCGUUUCAUAACCAAGCGCUUCAUUGGUGAAUACGACCAUAAGAAGGAGGUGACCUACCGAUGCAGUCGGGUGGUGGACCAGGAAGCUAUUGACCUGGAGAUAUUGGAUAUAGCCUGUAAGGAAAACUGUGUGGCUUCUUUGGAGUCCUCCAUCCGCUGGGCAGAUGGUUUCUUGCUGCUCUACUCCAUCACACAACGCCUCAGCUUCCUGGAGGUCCCUCAGCUCAAGAAACUCAUCGACCAGACCAAACAGAGUCUGGUUGUUCCCACAGUGCUGGUAGCCAAUAAGGCAGACUUGGAAAUUGGCAGGGAGGUGACAACAGAGGAAGGACAGAGACUGGCAAAGGACUUAAGGUGCAGUUUCAGGGAGCUGUCGGUCGCAGAAGCUUUUUUAGCUGUGGAAGCAGCCGUGUUUCAGCUCAUCAGGUUGGUGUUGGAUCAGCAGCGCCCUCUUCCUGACCGCCGCUCCUACAUGCUGACCGUUCGCCACGCUCUGACCAGGAAGCUAACCCGAUCUAAGACCAUGCAGUGGUGACUGCAAACAAACAGUUCACUGGUUUUUAUAGUGGGACAUUUGAGAACACUCUUCACUUAUUUGGCUGUUUUCUAGCUUCAGUCUGGAGCUCCUGGCUUUCUGUAUUCAUGGUUGUUGAGGCCUGUGGGUGUCACUAAGGAUCAUGCAGGGAAAGUGAGCAACAUCACAAAAAUGCUUUGAUAUUAAAAGCAAAUCACUGUAGAUAAAAAGUGUGAGCUUGCCUGCCUUAGAGAGAUGACUGAACAUACAAACUCCAAUUUCACUUUGCAGUUCUGUUGAUAUUACUGCACAAUUCCAUCUCUGAGGUUGGAUCUGGAUGAAUACAACAACAGAAAGAUAAAUGUGUCUUCAGUUUAAUGGGUAGAGGGGGAGCAAAUAUAAAGUGGUCCAAAUGCACUUCCAAAAACAGAUGAUGUUCCUUUUUAACUUGCAUUUUAGAUACUCACCAAGUUAUUUUAGAAGACAAAAAUAUCUGUGCAGUUGGGGUCAAAAUAUGGCGAUAAUCAGAAUAUAUUUCUCUUAUUGCAGCCCAUAUUUUUGUUUACUGACAUGAUUAAACAGUUGCACUUGGUUAAGUGCAUUUGACUCUA